UUCAACAUUUAAUCUCCUAUAAAGCUCAUUGGAUCCAUGUAAGACAAUAGCUAGAAAAAUUAAAGAUGGCUAAUUUCAUCGCAGAUACGAAGAACAAGAUUCAAGAUCUAUUCGUAUACCUUGUUUCUUGUGGAAAAUCUUCUAAAGAACCAGGAAAUGGGCAAGGGCUAGCAAUAGAUGUCCCAGGAAAUGCACACGACCAUGGACUGGUAAUAAUAGAUAUAUCAGGAAAUGCUGAAGGCCAAGAACCACUAGUACCAAUAAGUAGUGAACCAGAAAAUUCAAAAGAACAAGAGAAGGAAAAUGAUGAAAUGUUUUAUGGGAAGACUGUAAAGCCUGAUAAUAAAGCUUAUAUUUCAACACCUCCAGGCAAAAGAGAAGCUCCUCCUCCUAAGACUGGUUAAAAUAAUAAAUUAAUAGCCCCAAAAUAUUUGUCACGCUUUGAUUCUCGAGAGUUAAUUUGACUAAUCUUUGGAGCUGGAUUGUAUUAGAUUAUUAAUCUAGUAUUUGAAAUUAAAUUUUAAAUAUUCAAACACCAUACGAGAAGCGCCUAUAAGUUGCAAUUCUUCUCAUAUUAAUAUGGUGAAGAAAAUACACCUAAAAGUUAUUGUCAAAAUUUAUGUAGUUUGAACCUCGAGAAACGAAUAGUGAUAAGCAUUUUGGGACGGGGGAGUACAAAGUUAUAGAAAUCUCAAAGUUGUUCAUUUGAAGAAUCCUGCAUAUGG